AUGAGAUCGGCGAAGAGGAAGAUCGUGGAGCAUGAGCAUGAGUAUGAGCGGCAGCAGCAGCAGAAUGGAAAGGUGGGUGAGGAUCGUCAUGAAAAGGAUCUGGUGAGGAGCACCAAGCGGAAGAAGGCCUAUCCCCAGCUCCGGCACUGCCUGGUCGAGGAGAGCUUGUUCCAAGACCUCGAUCACAGCGAGGAUGAUGAUCGGAGCUCCGGCGACGACGUCCAGCAGGCCGGGGGAUGCAAUGGGUUGUAUGCGCUGAGGGCAAAUCCUAAGAAGAACCUCAAGUUUGCGGAGGAGCAGAUCAAGAAGAAGAAGCUGAUCAGCAAGGGCAAGGAUCACGCGUGCCCGGAGUGUGGCAAGGAGUUCGUAUCGAUCAAAGGGCUGUCGGGACACAUGCGAUGCCAUCCGGAGUCGCGGAUCGCGAGGGCCGCCGCCGCUAUCGCUCCGCCCAGCCCCGCGAAGAUCAAAAUCAAGGAGGUGAUCGAGGAGCCCGACUACGAGAGCGACACGAGCCUGGAGCAAGUCUAUCUCCGGCACUGGGCCAGGGAGGAGGAGGAAAAGAAGAAAAAGAUGGGAGCUUUGAUGGUCGAGGAGGUGGCCAUGGAGGAAAAGGGGGAGGAGAAUUCUUCCAAGGUUGUGAUCCAUGACGAUCCAUUGCCGCAGUGGCAGCCAUUGAAGAUUAGGAUCAAGUGCUCCUCCCGGGCCCUUGAUCCGACUGGCGGCGGCGGCGGCGGCAAUGUGGCGGAGGGAUCUCGUAAAGGGGAUGGUUGCCGUCUUGGAGGAAAAGAUCAAUCGACUGGGGGAGCGGCGGUUGUCGAGUGCUCUCGGUGUAAACUCGCAUUUGAAUCGAGCACGGCGCUGGCUGCCCACCACUGCGUGAGGAAGAUGUCGCGCAAGAGCAAGAUCAUCAGCACCAAGAUCGAGGACGCCUUGCCCAGCAACGGCGAUCCAGGCGUGGUCAACGUGCCCGUUGACAUUAUUGCUGACCGUGUUGACGAGGAGGACGAGGUGGUGUGCGUUGACAAGGGUUUGACUGGAGGUUUUAAGUGCCUGAACUGCCACCGGGUUUUUGCGACCGGAAAGGCUCUCGGGGGUCACAAGCACAGCCCUUGCGGUCGAAAAUGCUUUGUGUAA